CUUCAGCACAAUCGGCCCAGUGGAGCCUACGAUGCCUCCCCCUCCUGGAGUGGAAGCUGAAUGGCAGAUGCUGCCCAAAUGUUCAUUAAUCGAGAGGCUUCCGUCCCCGGACGCCCCUAGAUCUUGGACAGAAAAAAAAAAAAAUCUCGGUUGAAUAUGCAGGAUGAGGAGCCUCCAGACCCUGUGCGCCCUUAGCGCCCAACCACAGAGUCAAAUGCAAGCAUUGCCCAGGAUGAAGACGAAAGAGAUCGAUCAAGGUCUGGCUGCGGGUUUCCAGCGAAGAUGCUGCGCGCAAGGCACGCUAGCCCCAGAGCGGCUCUGUGCGUCUCUGCGGCACCCCGCCGACUGCCGGCCCCCUUUCCCAAUUUGCCCUCCAGCCAUUCGUCUGCAAAAGAAUUCCCUGCACUUACGAAGAAAUAAAGCCCAGAGAGGAGAAAUAAUCUACACCAGAUUGUUCAGAGGAAAAGCAUCACCGAGUACCAAGCCUGGAUACUCCUGCACAGGCAGACUUUUCCCAGCUUAAGGAAGAGCCAUGGAUUUCAAGCGCGUGAAGGAGUAUUUUGCCUGGCUCUAUUAUCAAUACCAGAUCAUCACCUGCUGUGCUGUCAUGGAGCCUUGGGAACAAUCGAUGCUCAACACCAUCAUACUGACCAUUGUGGCUAUGGUGGUAUACACUGCCUAUGUCUUCAUCCCCAUCCACAUCCGCCUGGCUUGGGAAUUUUUCUCCAAAAUAUGUGGCUAUGACAGUUCCAUUUCUAACUGAUCUCAUCUGAAUUCGGUGAAAGGGCAUAACGUGUUCACAUUGCUUACAACUUACUGACUUGGGUGACCGUAUCAUCUUUCACCUCUGACCUGACCAGCACUCUCUCUAUGCACUGUCCCGCACAUCCUGCCUGGAGUAUGAGAUAGGUUUUCCCCCACUUGCUUUUGUACAUGCAAUAUUGUGCAUCAGGUGAUAGAAAAGGCGAUGACUUUAACCCCAUAGCCCACAUUUGCUCAACUCUAUGGCUUUAGGUUUCUUUUGAAAUCAGGAUGCUUUGAAAUAAAACUUUUCUGGAAAAUAGGCUUAUAAGAGACAUGACAAAGUCAUAUUUACACUACUCUCUUCAUAUUAUUCUAUACUAAAGGAUAUGUUACAAAAGUAUUCUUCAUAGGCUACUGUCAAAAGUACCCUGAACUUGUUUACAAUUUAUUAAAAGAUGGGAAUAAAUAGAUGAACCUUUAAAGUCUUAUUUUCUGGGAAAUAGCUAAUACCUAAAAUUCGUUUCUUCUUCUUUUUUAAAUUUUCAUUUUCUUUGCUUUAGCUAAAAUUCUUUUAGUUUAAAGUAACAGGCCAGAGACAGUUAUCUUUUCUUCAGAUUUUGUUUCAGCAUCGUUUCAAAUGCUCCUGAAAUCUAGCUUUAUUACAGCUUUAAAGGAAUGACUUUUUUUUCCCCUAGGUAAACAAAUAACUAUUAUACGAGAGAAUAAUUUAAGUUUAAGAAACAAAGGAUAAUCAAAGCAAAUUCAGAUACUGUGACUUUGGAUCACGCCCCACUUUACAUGAUGCUGGAGACAGAAGAAGAGAGAUUGUUGUUUUGCUGUGCCUUCAGUGAAAGGAAGGGAAGCUGUGUGUCCUAGGCUACAGGAAGAAAAGCUAAUAAAUAGGCUGGAAGUAAUAGCCAGGCAGCAGGGAGUCGGGAGCUCCAGUUAAAGGCUUUGAUAUAGCAGCUCCUUUGCACAGCAGAAACAAAAUUUAUUAAAUUUCUCUCAAAAUGUUUAUCUUCAAAGCAGAUGUAAGAUUUUAAUUAUAGUGCUGAGUCAAACAUAAAAGCCAAAGACCAAGCCUUGCAGCUUUUCUUUCCUCUCAAUAAAUAUUAACAUUAGUGAUUCUGGUAAAAUAAAUAAAUAAAUGAACCGGCUUUGGACAAUAUUGGCACCUUUGUUUUAGGAGAGAAAUCUUCCAAGUAGACAUCCAAAGAAAGAUAUUUGGCACGCAAAAAUCAACCUGCAUGUCUGUUUAAAAAAACAUAAUGUACAUUUUAAAGAGAAACCAGAUAUGAAAUAUAUACUUACUGAUUUUUGCAAAAUAAAAUGAAGUUUACUUUUAUAAGCAAA